AAUAGCAGGGGUGGCUUAGGGAUGAGGCUCAGCCCUCUGCCUUCCCUCCCUGCCCCCAAGUAUAAGAGCUGAGCUCAGGUGAGCUGACUCCUAGCGUCCGGUCCCAGCAGCUGCCAGCAGGCAGAUCAUGAGCCAUCGGCUCCUCUGAGGCCUGCUGUGGGACAACAGCGCUCUCACCGGGACGAGCACACCGGUCACCAUGGGGCAGUGUCGGUCAGCCAAUGCUGAGGAUGCCCAGGAAUUCAGUGACGUGGAGAGGGCCAUUGAGACCCUCAUCAAGAACUUCCACCAGUACUCUGUGGAGGGUGGCAAGGAGACGCUGACCCCCUCCGAGCUACGGGACCUGGUCAGCCAGCAGCUGCCCCACCUCAUGCCGAGCAAUUGCGGCCUCGAAGAGAAAAUCGCCAACUUGGGCAGCUGUAACGACUCUAAACUGGAGUUUGGGAGUUUCUGGGAGCUGAUUGGAGAAGCAGCCAGGAGCGUGAAGCUGGAGAGCCCUGUCCAGGGGAGUUGAAAACCUUCUUCUGGAAUUCUUGGGGGGAUGUUGGGGAAAGGGGACGUUAGAGACCGUGGGCCUAGAGACGCCUCUCCACCACCACCGCCGCCGCCACACUAUUCCCCAGUCUGCACCUGCCUCGCCUCUGCAAGGUUCAAGUCCUUAGCGAGCCUUCCCAGGGGUCUCUGUGUACUUCAUCCUUGGGAGCUCCAUGGCCAGAGGGAGGCUCAGGGGAUGGGUUGGGCCCAGGGAUGGAUGUGGCGAGACGCUGGAGGGAUAAGGAUGGGCUAAGGGCCAAGUAAUUUGGUUGCGGGGAAGGUCAAAGAGGACCUGGGCUACUGGAUAGGAUUUGAAGAAGAGGGCGGGGAAUGGGGCUGGAUAUUUGGUACUAAAAAGAGUCUCUGAGAACCUAGCCUUCCUUAUCUCUUCCCCAACCCAAAUGAUAACUUCCGUCCAGUGCUACGCCUUCCUUCUUCUAGCUCUGCCCCAGCCUCUUUCCAGGACUCUGUCCCUGGGCUAGGGCAGGGGAAGAGAGAGAGCAGGCUGGAGAGGGGAGGCUGAGGAGGGGGUGACUUUGGGAGAGGACCAGCUGGGUGCUUGGGCAUUUAAAGAAUGAUGGUUGUUUUGUAACAUGUGAUUAAUAAAAAAAAAACGGAAAAAGUGAAA